CAGAAGUUCGAGCGCAGCAAAAUGGCGGAACUCGAGGAUGUAACGUUAGACGGUAAACCGCUUCAUUCGCUUCGUGUUGCGGAUUUAAAAGCCGCACUGGAGCAAAGAGGCCUCGCCAAAAGUGGACAGAAAAAUGCACUCAUUAAACGGCUGAAAGGGGCCCUCAUGUUGGAGAAUCUCCAACGAUCAUCCACCCAUCACAUUGGUCUUCAGCCCAACUCUCAGAUAGGAGAGGAGAUGAGUCAGAACAGCUUUAUACAACAGUACCUGGCCAAACAGCAGGAGCUCCUUCGACAGAAACUGGAGAAAGAAGCCCGCGAAGCAGGGGGAGAUGACACACAGAGUCCUGCUGGCCCAGAAGAAGAGGAUGACCACUCUCCAACUAAAGAUAGCACUUCCUAUCUGCCAGACAAGCAUCACGGCGUUAUCUCUCAUCUUUCUCUUACCCAAGUGGAAGGAGGUGGUGAGGAUCAUGGAGGAGGGUUGCCACAGGAUUUACUGGGAUCACACAGACUGGAUAUGGGCCCUGCACCUGUGUCUCAAGAGUCAACUGACUCCAAAGCUGGGAGGAUCAGACAUCCUUUUCUCCCCAGCCAUGAGGAGGUUGCCACAUCCUCUCCUCCACGUGCAGUUGCCUCCUUGUCUGUUCGAGUGAUUGGACAACCUGAGCGUCAAGGCCUGCCACUCAUAAUGCCUCGUACCUUAGAGAGAGAAGGAACAGCACCUGUUGAAGCUGGUCCUGCCCAUUCUGUGUUACAUCUCAGCCGUUCUGCGAGAGCCGUGGCUUGUCCUCAAGUUGACAGUGAUGAAGAUGAAGAGGAUGAUGAUGACAGUGACGAAGAUGAUGAGUGGGGUCCUUCCUCUCAUGAGAAAAAGAAUGUCCGGGCACCUCCUGUACACCCUCCACCUGCCGCAGCCCCCCAGCGAUCCCGGCGAAAGCUUCAGCCCCCACAGCACAUCCCUCCCCAGCCUCAACCAAUCCACCAGCCUCCUCUGCAGCUCCGCCAACCCACUCCUCCCCCAUCGCCACCUCCAGAGCUCUCUUUCCCCCUACCGGACACACCCAAACAGAGCCCCAAUGACCAAGAUGAACCAGCAGGUCUAGGAGAAGGUGCUGCUCCUGGGGCGGGCACCAUGCCCUCUCCUCCGUCCCUCAAGAGACAAGUGUCCAGCUCUAGUUCUAGAUCCAGCAGCCCAGAACCCCGGUCCACACACACACCUGGUCCUCUUAGCCUGCUGGUACACAAAAUGGAGUGUAAGGGCAUGUUUGAUGGUGGACAGAAGGUAGGGAAGGAAGGAGAAGGAGAGAUGGAAGUUGAUGAGCAGGAGGAUGGCGAGGCAACAGAAGGGCCUGGAGUGAUCGCUCUCAGUGAACGGCAAGAUAAAGUUCUUAAGCUUUGCAAGCCACAGGUGUCUCUGUCAGUACCCACAAUGCCCCCUGCUCCGCAUGAUGAUGAUUCUGAGUUGGAGAAAGAGAGAGGACAUCAAAGAGAGGGAGAUGAGCAAAACAAUGAGGAGAACGUAAAAGAGAAAGUGGGUAAGACAUCUGCACCAUUCCAUACAACAUUACCCACCACUUUCCCACAUAAGAGACCACAAAUGUUCUCAGAAGUCCCCCCACCUGAGUCACUUACAUCACCCUCAAACCCUAAGCAAGUGUCAGUCCUCACCACGAGCCCUAAGUGCUCUGAAGAUGUUGCUCUGGAGACAGAAGGCUCAAGUAAAAUGCCUGAAUCAAAACACAAUAAGGAUGACAAAGAAGUUAAGAUUCUGGAGAAACUGGCAUAUAUACAGUCAGCUGGAGUGACUAAAGAGAAUAAAAAGGCCCUAUCUUCACCCCCUCCAUCUGCAGAAGGGAAAACAGAAAAAAAAAGAGAGCUUGCACGGAGAGGAAAAUCAAAUGAACGGCGCUCAUCAACGUCAAGUCAGUCAUCAUCUGACUCUGAUUCAGGAUCAUCAUCCUCUCGUUCUUCAAGCUCUCCUUCACGGGAUAAAUCCAGCACACACAGCCGAAAGAAGGACCAGGAGGAGAAGAGCAGAAGGGCAUAUGUUAAAGAAGGAAAGAAGACUCAAUCUUCCAGGGAGGUAAAACAGGAAACUCUCUCUGAGCCUACAGGCCAAGUUGCCAUGGAGCUGGAGAGCUGCUCUGACUUGGAGAGUGCCAAGCAACAGUCAGGCCACCAGGGGGCAGAUGCCAGUGAGACUCACGCAGAGGAGAGUUCCACCGCAAAAUCGUUUGCUGCCCGUAAGAUCUCGUUGAGCAAUAAAGCAGAGAAUGCUUCGGCUGAGACUGAGUCUGUGGGUGGAGCCAACAGGAAGAGAAGGUGGGGUUCCAGUACAGCUGUCACCGCCAAGAAGCCGUCAAUCAGCAUUACCACUGAAUCGCUGAAGACACUGAUUCCAGACAUCAAGCCCCUCCAGGAGGCAGUGGUUGAACUGCACCCAGGUGAGGGACGUCUCUCUGGGGAUGAGGAUUCAGCAAGGCCUCAUGACCGGGAGGAACCAGAGGAGGACCAGGGCCUCAAGAUCAGACGCACAGUGACACAGGUCGUUUCAUCUGAUAAAUAUGAGAAUGGGCAAAAGGAGAUGGUGGGUGAUGAAGAUGAGGAAGAACAAAAAUGGGCAAAAGGAGAUAAGGAAAAACGCUGUAGGAAACUGGAGAGCUCCUCUGAUGCAAUGGAAACACAUGAGGGAAAUGUUAAAAAAGUCACUCCCAACGAUUCUUUGGUUCGACGCUCAAUUAGUCAGCAGAAAUCAGGCGUGUCCAUAACUAUAGACGAUCCCAUUAGAACAGGUCGCCAUCUGUCGCCACCUCACGGAAAAACCUCCAACAUCAUACACGUCUGCAACCUGGUGCGACCUUUUACCUUAGGACAAUUGAAGGAGUUGUUAAAUCAGACAGGUACAUUGGUGGAGGAGGGUUUUUGGAUUGACAAGAUCAAAUCACACUGUUAUGUCACGUACUCCAGUAAAGAGGAAGCAGUGGCCACUCGAGAAGCACUGCAUGGUGUAAAAUGGCCUGCCAGUAAUCCUAAAGUACUGCGCGUGGAAUUCUGUGAGCAAGAUGAGUUGAACUUCCAUAAAGGUCUCGUGUCUAGUAACCGUGCUGGUGACGUUCAUGACCCUCAAGCCUCAGGAUCUCCUAUCCGUCCCACUGCCCCUCCCCCACUUAUGCCCACCCAUCGUGAAAAGGAACGAGAAAGAAAUAGAGAUGAUGGGGCUUCAGCUGUGAGAGACCAAUGGGCAGAGAGAGAAAGAGCAAUGGAAAGGAGAGAGAGGACUCGUUCGGAGCGCGAAUGGGAUCGGGAUAAAUUGAAGGAUUUUGGGAGAGAGGACAGAGACGCAACCAAAAAGUCAAGGUCACAGGACAGGGACAGAAGGCGCAGAGGGAGAAGUAAAGAAAAGAGAACAGAAAAAAAAGGUAAACUAGAAGAGCCUCCUGCAAAACUUCUUGAUGAUUUGUUCCACAAAACUAAAGCAGCUCCCUGUAUAUACUGGCUACCCCUCACAGAGGAACAGGCAACACAGAGAGCUCUGGAGCGUGCUGAACGAAUCAAGGAGCGAGAGAAGAGGAGGAAGGAACUCCAGGAUGAGGAGGACAAAAAACGAGAGGAGCGUCAGGAGAAAGCAAAAGGCCGUGACAGAGAGGGAGGAAACAUAGGGGGUGGAGGAGGAGGUGGUGGUGGUUUGGUUGGACGUUCUGCUGAGGAAGAUAGAGACAGGGAGAGAGAAAGAGAGAGACAAAGGGGUAGGGAGGAAGAAAGGAGGAGAGAUGGCCACAGAAGCCGAGGUAGUGACUCCAAAACUGCAGGGGGCAGCAGAAACUCACAGAGCCGUAGCAACAUCUCCAGAGAUAGACGUCGCUGAGUGAAUGUGUGUGAGUGUAGUGUAGUGUAAUGUGUGGGAGCGAUUUGUAAGAUCAGAUUUGCCUGCGUGGUGAUGGCUCAAAGUAUAAAAUGCCAGUCCUUUUGACACAUUAACAUACUUUUCUUUUUCCAAAUGUAAUGUCAUCAGCCUUUCACUCCUGUGCACAUCAGCACAUACCUCAGUCUUUCCACUCAUUAACUGAUUAAUCUGCUGUAAAGCAGCACUAUUAAGAGGAUGCAGUCUUUUUUUUUGUUUUAAUAAAUCUCAAAUGAAACUCCACAGGACUGGUAAUAUUUGGCUUAUUUUCUAAAUUAAUUAAGAGUGUGUGAAUAUGUGAGUGUGUCGAUUGUCAGGCUGACAAACACCAAAGCCUAGGAAGACUAUAAUAAUUAUAAUAUAUUUUCUUCUCUCAGCCCCAGAUUCUCCACUUUAGUUUUUGUUCAAUUAGUGCCACUUUAGCCUGGUGUGUAGAUAAUUCAGUGUGUAAUUAUUGGACUUUAAAUUCUUUGGCUUUAAAAUGGUGGUUUUACAAUUUUUAUUUUAUCCACUUGGUCAGAAUUUCCAUUUGAAUGGGAAAAGUCCCCACCCAAAUGUGUUGGCCCAUAUUUUAGCCAGCCCUUGCUGACAUGCUUUUUUUUUCUCUCAAGAUCUAAAUGUUUUAAAAUAACUACUGAUGUCCAGUAAAGAAGCCGCACUGUAGAGGAUUCAUUAGACAGAGAUUCUUAAUGCAUCUCACCACCUCACCCUCCUCGUCUGUCCUCCUCUUGUCCUGGUCUUAUGAAGUUGUUUACAGUUCAUCUCUGUGAAUCAUACAAGGCAGACAUAUAACCUUUAUAGAGAAAAUGGCAAGAGGCCUUUUAAUAAUUACAAUUUUAAUGUUUUAGUUUUGAAGACAAAUUGCAAAAUAUUCUCUUUUUGGAUUAUUUUCUUUAUGACUGUGCAGAAUGUACAAAAUCAUUAAAAACUUAAGGACAUUUUGUUUCU